CAGCAUAGCAUACCUAGAGUCUCCCAGUCUUCAUGUCAGAUUGCUCGCAAUCAUGACUAUUCUCUCAAAAUCGCUGACUCUAGUCGGCUCGAUCCUCUUAUUCCAUGCCUGCUACUCCGCGCACGAACAUACCGCGCUCUACCAUACUCCGUCAUCAUCCGCUCUCUCUGGUGCCUCUCGAUUCACCUCCUCAUUUCGAUUGCCUCUAGGCUCCCAGUCCUCUUCUUCUUCGCAAUCGGCUGCUGCUUCAACUUCAACCUCCUCUUCGUCAAGUACAGAUCUACCGCUGGAUAUCAUUCUCGAAACGCUGCUCAGCGUCCUAGUCAUAUGUCUCGGCCUGGUCCUUGGCGCAAAUGAGCUCCGUCCAAUUGCGUGGCGUGUCUGGGCAGGUCAGCUGGAACGCACAAAAGGCGCGUCUGCUGCUUCGGGAGCAGAUAAGUCCGAGAUUGCAGCUGGUAAUCCGUUCCGUGCACUGGAAGAGCGUGUUGGGUUUUGGGAUGUCAGGGCUCAACGAAAAGACUUUGCGAAUUGGGUCCGUGGGGGAGAUCCCGAUGUGAAGGUGGAUUAAAUCUUGGGAGUUACAAAAAGGGACACAGCGAAUGGAAUAUAUGAUGGGACAAGAAAUACAGCAAUGUUUGUAUUUCUCGGUUUACUGAUUCUGAUAGAGGUAUAGCAGGUAUUAAUAUCUGACGAUUUUGCGUUUUCAUACUGGUCUUGAUAUGUGAGAAUGGUGAACUGAUGCCGGGACAUUUCAUUUGUGAUUGUUACUUUGUUUUUCCUCAACGUUUGAUCAACCGUCUCUUCUGAUAUCAGUUUGCCCCAGGUCAUGAUUACGGAGAAGGAACUUAUUUUACAGCGACCAUGAAAUCACUGCACAUGGAAGACAAUGCGGAUGAUUUUUGCAUUUACCAGAACGGAUACAUAUCGAGCUAUGCAGCGGAAAUAAAGGAGAGAGGCCAACGACUAGGCAAUGCAUUGAAUGCUAAUGCGAAUGUAUUUGCAAGAAGGAG